UGUUUACAGGCUAAUUUGGGUUGGAAGCCACUUGCGGUUCAGUCUGGUCUGAUGUGUUCUCGUCUCCUUAGAUAGGGGGCGCUGAUUCUAAAAUGAGUCUCUCAGAGGAGCCAGAGACCAAAGGAGGAACCCUCAGCACUGAGAGGAAGAGGGUCCAGGCAGAGAGGGCUGGGUCACCUGUACCCAGCUGUCUGUCUAUGAAGAGCGAUCAUUCAAUGGAUAAUCCAGUCCGAUUCAGAGGAGACAUCACUGGUGAUCAAAGGAUACAGUGGCCACUCGAGUCCCGCUCAAAGUGUCCCCAUAAACAGUCUCUCCUGCGCACUCUGAUGAAGCUGAAGAAGGACGAAAAGCUGAAACUGUUUCAGAGCCAUCUGAGUCAGGAUUGCCCAGAAUGCAUAAAGAGUCUGCCUGAAGAUCCUUCUGCACUGGUUAAGUUUAUGAAGAUGAAGGAAUUGUUCAAAAGUCAUCGAAUUGAUGAUUACCCAGAAUGCACUGAGAGACAGCAGGAGGAUCCUGAGGUCCUGUACAUAGUUGAAAAGAUGCUGGAGACCUGUGGCAGUGAGAGGUCUCUGAAGAUCACACUCCACAUCCUGAGGAACAUGAAGCAGAAGGAUCUCGCUGAUUCACUGGAAAGAGAUGAGCACAAUGAAUCCAUAAAAAGAGCCCAGCAGGCACUGAAAACUCAUCUGAAGAGGAAGUUUGAAUGCAUAUUUGAAGGUUUAGCGAAGCAGAGCAACCCAACCCUUCUGAAUGAGAUCUAUACAGAGCUCUACAUCACAGAGGGGGGAAGUGGGGGGGUCAAUAAUGAACACGAGGUCAGACAGAUUGAGACACCAUCCAGGAGACAAACCACACAGGAGACUGCAAUCCUCUGCAAUGACAUCUUUAAGCCUUUACCUGGACAAAAGAAACCCAUCAGAACUGUUCUUACAAAGGGCAUCGCUGGCAUUGGGAAAACCAUCUCUGUGCAGAAGUUCAUUCUGGACUGGGCAGAAGGGAAAGCCAAUCAGGACGUUGAUUUCAUCUUCACUCUUCCUUUCCGAGAUCUGAAUUUGAAGAAGGAAAAAGCAUUCAGUCUGAUGCAACUUCUGCAGCACUACUUUCCACAACUGAAAGAGAUCAAAAGGGUUGAAGGUGAUAAAGUCAAAGUGGUGUUUAUCUUUGAUGGUCUGGAUGAGUGUCGACUUCCUCUACAUUUCCAAAGCAAUAAGUUCUGCUGUGAUAUAACUGAGUCAUCAUCAGUGGAUGUGCUGCUGACCAACCUCAUUAAAGGGAAUCUGCUUCCCUCUGCUCUCCUCUGGAUCACCUCCCGACCAGCAGCAGCCAAUCAGAUCCCUUCUGAGUGCGUCCACCAGGUGACAGAAGUACGAGGGUUCAAUGACCCACAGAAGGAGGAUUACUUCAGGAAGAUAAUUAGAGAUCAGAACCAGGCCAGCAGAAUUAUCUCACACAUAAAGUCAUCCAGGAGUCUCUACAUCAUGUGUCACAUACCAGUCUUCUGCUGGAUUUCUGCUACUGUUCUGGAGACAAUGUUAGUUAAAGUAGAGAGUGGUGAUCUGCCCAAAACUCUGACUGAAAUGUACACACACUUUCUGUUCAUUCAAACUAAUGUGAAGAAUCAGAAGUAUCAUGGCGCUGAUGAGACAGACCCAAAGAAAAUGUCAGCAUCAGAUACAGAAAUCAUCCUGAAACUGGGGCAGCUGGCUUUUCGACAGCUGGAAAAGAGCAAUCUGAUAUUCUAUGAAGAGGACCUGAGAGAGAGUAGCAUUGAUGUCAGUGAAGCUUCAGUGUACUCUGGGGUGUGCACAGAGAUCUUUAAAGAGGAGUGUGGGUUGUACCAGGAGAAGGUCUACUGCUUUGUGCAUCUGAGCAUUCAGGAGUAUCUGGCUGCCUUGCUUGUGUUUCAUUCAUGUGUAAAUGAGAACAGAAAUGUACUCAGAGCUGAAGAAUCAAAACCUCACAGUGACAGAGUGCAGCUGUCUGAGUUACACAGGAGUGCAGUGGAUCAGGCCUUAGAGAGUAAGAAUGGACACCUGGACCUUUUCCUCCGGUUCCUUCUUGGCCUCUCUCUGGAGUCCAUUCAAUCACCUGUACCAGACCUACAGGCACAGACUGAAAGCAGAUCACAGUGCAUUAAGGAAACAGUCCAGUACAUUAAGGAGAUGAUCGGAGGGGAAUCUUCAGCAGAGAGGACCAUCAAUCUGUUCCACUGUCUUAUUGAACUGAAUGACAACUCUCUAGUGGAGGAAAUCCAGAAUUCCCUGAGAUCAGGGAAAAUUUCUGAUAAAGAGCUGGAACCAGACCAAUGUUCAGCUCUAGCCUUUGUAUUACUUAUGUCAGAGGAGGUCCUGGAUGAGUUUGACUUGAAGACCUACAACACAUCAGCAGCAGGCCAUCAGAGACUGGUACCAGUAGUCAGGAACUGCAGGAAGGCCACACUGAACAGCUGUGACCUCACACUGAAGUCUUGUGAUAUUGUGGCCUCAGCUCUCCAGUCAUCAAACUCACCCCUGACAGAUCUGGACCUCAGCUACAAUAACCUGGGAGAUUCAGGAGUGAAGCUGCUCUGUGCUGGACUGAUGAGUCCAACCUGUAAACUACAGAGAUUGGGGCUGUCAGGCUGUAGAGUCACACAGAGAGGCUGUGAUUCUCUGGCUUCAGCUCUGUGUUCAAACCCCUCACACCUGAGAGAGCUGGACCUGAGAUACAAUCACCCAGGAGACUCAGGAGUGAGAGCGCUGUCUGCUGCUAAACUGGACACACUCACACUGCUUGUGGACCAUGGAGGAGAGAACAGGACCAAACCAGGACCCAGGAAAUAUGGCUGUCAGCUCACACUGGAUCCAAACACAGCACACAGAAAGCUGUUUCUCUCUGAGGGGAACAGGAGGGUGACACACACACCGGGGAGAGAGGAGCAGCCAUAUCCUGAUCAUCCAGAGAGAUUUGAGCAUGAGCCCCAGGUUGUGUGCAGAGAGAGUGUGUGUGAGCGCUGUUACUGGGAGGCUGAGUUCAGUGUGUCUGAGCCGGAGGAUGGAGUAGAUAUAGCAGUGACAUAUAAAGGAAUCAGCAGGAAAGGAGAGGGUUCUGACUCUGUGUUUGGAUGGAAUAAAAACGCCUGGAGUCUGUUAUGCGUUAAACACAGUGACUCUGAUAAGCUCAGUUAUGCUGUCUGGCACAAUAACAACCCAACAGACUUAACUGCCCUCACCUCCCCCUACCGCAGAGAUGGAGUGUGUGAUGAUGAUGCUGAUGAUGGUAGAGGAGUGUGUGUGUACAGGGUAGGAGUGUGUGUGGACCGUCCAGCCGGCACUCUGUCCUUCUACAGCGUCUCUGACUCUAACACACUGACCCUCCUGCACAGAUUCCACACACACUUCACUGAACACACACCCCUCUGUGCUGGAUUUUACGUGAGGAACUCCUCAGUGUCCCUCUGCUAA